GAGAAGCAGAUUAAACUCGGAUACCAACUGUCCAGAAAUGAAUCACAACGAUUAUGAUGUUCUUUUAGGGAUUUCUCCAGAUAUUCGAGUGUUUGCAGAAACAUUGAUAGAACAUUCAUGUUUUGGUAUAUGUGGCGGGAAAGCUAGAUUAACAGAUGUUAAAUCUGGGUCUGUGUCAUUUAUUGCUGGUUGUGAAGGAGACAGAUUCAAAGUACUUUUGCCUUAUGCUGGACAGACUUUAACAUGGGAGGUAAUAUUUGAUAAAUAUAGUCCAGAAGAAUCUCCUGAUUUUAUAUUUGGAUCGGAAGACACAGAUUUUUCCCCUGACAUAGCUGAUAUUAAGACAUUAGUAGAUUGGGAUUAUCAUAAUCCUUAUGCCCUGCUCCACGUUAUAGAAGAACUUCUACGAAUGUAUAAGGCCCACCAGGAACAUGUAGUAGAAGCUUACGACAGAUUACAGUUUGAAUAUUCAUCACUAGUUAACCAGUCAGAUAUCACUUCACAACAUGUAGAAGUACAUAUACUUAGGUUUGAGUCAAAAGUUGGACCAAUUAGCUUUUUAAUCAGAUUACCCGUAGAUUUUACCAGAAUACCUCCAUUUUUAACAAAGGAUAAUCCUGGUGAAGAUUCAGCCAUCCUACUCAUAAGUUUUCUAUCUCCAUCAAGUUCAAAGAUCACACCACAGUUAUAUUUAUCACCAAAAGUUGAGCAUGCACUUGGAGGUGCAGCAAAUUUAAGAAUACCAGCCUUUCCAUCAGAUGGUUGUCUGUUAGAUUAUGUACCAAAUGUUUCUAAUUUAUUAUCUAAUAAGGUAGACCAAGUAGUUGCCAAUUUUGAAAAGAGAAAAGAAUAUAUUGCAGCAUUUUUAAGUCAUUUUGGAAGAUCAUUACUCGAGUAUGAUGCGGAUGCCUUCACAAAGAUCAGCUUUUUAUUUGAAUGGAAUGAUUUCUUCUUUAUAUUUCUAAUUGAUUUGCCACAGUUUUUUCCACAAGAACAACCAGAAUUCAAAUUCCAGUCUAUUUAUCAUCAUGAUGCCAAGCGAAAGCCAUUCAUUCAGGCCUUUGGUGAAUACCCAUACAGUCCAAGAUGGAGUGGGAAUGAAAUGGCACAGAGAGCAAAAUCUUUUAUUCUGAACAACAUCAGUGAUUUUCAGAAAGCAUCUGUCCACAGUGGAUCGUUGAACUGAUGAGAAAAAUGCUGAUUCUAUAUAUGGGCAUAGUGUUGUUAUCCUCAGUUUAAAUUAGAUCCAGGAUUUCAUUUUAAAUGAAAGUACUGAAAAUCUAUAAGGAUGACUUUAAAUAAUGAUAUCCUUUGAGUGAACAUCAACAAGCAUGGUCAAUUCAUAAAGAAAACCAGAUAGAAAAUGCCUAAAAUUACCCUUAUAGUGAUUGAAAUAGAAUUUAUUUAUGAAUAAAUAUGAUUGAUAUUUAAUCUGACAUAUAAUACAUGUAGAUACAAUUAUUCACUCAUUUUCAUACCUCAAUAAGUAUACAUUUUAAAAUCUUUAUUUAUUUUAAGCUGUACUAGCAGUUCUUCAUUAACUUGAGUCUCUGUCAAUCACAAAUAAAGAACUUGAAAAUCUCUCAUUUACAACAAUACAAUUUAUAUUGUCUGUUAUUGUUAAUUUUUAACCAGUUAUAAUAAAAAUAUUAUAUAGAAAA